ACAUGUAAUUCACAACUGAAACAUCCAGAACACAAAGUUGCGGGAAUAAUCUGGAACCUCCUUAACGAUUAUCUCUUCCUUCUCUCUUUCCUGUUGCUUCUGAUCAUCAUGCCUCAGUCUCUCUGUAUAAAAACGCUUCUCAAAUAUCCAUUUUCAUAUAACUGCAAAAGAAAGAAAAAAAACGAUCUUCUGGUUACAAAAUUCAAAGAAAAAGGCGCUCGACACAAAGUUAAAUUAGUGAGAAUUGGGAUCAUUUGGCUGAAUUUAUUUAAGCUCUGUUUUAGUGGGCAUAUCAUCUAGACUAGCAAGGUUCCGUCUUAAACAAGUGUUGCUAAGAUGUUUCCGGCCUACACAGGCAUGAAUUCAUACCCUUAUCAAAGAAGUCAAAUGCCAUCUACUCAGUAUUAUUACCCUAGUUGGGAAGCUGUUCCUCCUCAGAUGAAGGAAGACCCACCAAAAGAGUCUUUGCCUCAUAACUAUGGCUAUCUAGCUCCAAUGCAGUGCCAUAGUUGCUGCACUCAUGGUCAAUAUCCUGCUUAUUACAAUUUCAGACCACCCUGCUCUCAUUUUCCACCACCACCAACACCAACACCAACACCAACUUACAACCACUUUUGUGGUGGCUAUCCUCCUUACCCUCCUCAGUCUCACCCCAUGUACUAUGCCCCACCCCCACAUUAUUCCAUGGAGUUACCUAGAUAUGAAUUUGACAAGAGUGCACCGAGAGAUCAAUUUCAUUGUUGCGGGUGCUCGAAUCAUCCAUGUCACGUGAAAGGACGAAACAAUGUCACGAUUGAAGAACAGGAGCCAGAUGUUGAGACAAAGAAAAGUGAGUCUUUGUUUCCUGCUGGAGCAAACAACUUUCAACAUCCGGUUAUGCGGAUUCCAUCUGAGUAUACGAUGAACAAAGAGCAGCCGAGAAAGUUGGUUGAUAAUGAGGCAAGUGGACAACAAAUUUUGCCAUACCUCAAGAAGCCUCAAGUGCAAGUGCAACAGAGACCUGUUGAGACAGAAGCACAGAAUACUGAAGGCUCUCUACCUCACCAGGGUGUACGAUCAGUAGAAAAGGAUCCAAAUUUAAGGAAUGGAUGGUUUCCGUUGGACAUUAAUAGAAUUAAACAAUUGAUGGAUGGUGGUGAAGCAGUGCUAAGUCGUGACCAAGAGAACAAAAGCCGGGGUGAAAAGAAGGGUUGUGGUACAGAAAACAAAGACCAAAAUAUGCAAUCUUCUUCUGCUUUGAAGGUUGUUCCAAGGAAACUUGAGCAUAAUGAAACUGAAGCAAAGAAAGGGAAGACUGCGGCAGGAGAUGAUGAUAGUAAAGUUGGAACACUGGGGGUUGAUAAAAAAAGUAAUGUGAGAAUAAUCCCUGUGAAGCAGUUAGAAGAGCAUGUUCACAAGUUGUCAAAGAAUGAGGAGGUGCAUAAGGUUGAUCUCGCAGCUUUGAGUAAAGCAAGUCAGGAUGCUGCAAAGAAUUGUACCGGUAGGCAAUCAUUAUCGCACACUAAGAAGUCUAAGCUCCCUCCAAUUUGCUUGAGGGUUGAUCCACCAAAGAAGAAAAAUGGUAAUAGAAUCUCGAGAUCUCCUAGUCCCCCCGGUGUGAAAGAAGGACCGAGUAAAGGGAUAAAAGUCAAAGAUGUAGAGAAGAUACCCAGCCAAAAUAAAAUUCAAGGUGCAGGAAGUGCACAAGAAGGAUCAGAAAUUUUGAAAGAUAAGGUAGCUGGUGCAGAGAAAAUGGUAAUGCAACAGGGUGAUAGUGAUAAUAAACCAGAAGAUGCGAAAGUUGGGGGUGUCUGGGUGCAAGCACAAGAACUGCAAGCAGGAAAAGAAGAUGAAUGUGAGCAAGAAAGCAAAGGCAAAGAGGAGAGAAGAUGUAUGACUGAUAUGGAAGCAGCUGUUGUUAUCCAGUCUGCAUAUCGUGGGUAUAGUGUUAGAAGACGGGAAUUAGUUAAAAAGCUCAAACAAAUUGCAAGAAUUUGUGAAGAGGCUAUUCUGGUGAAAAAGCACAUUGAAGAUAUCGAGUCUUGUUCUGCCAUAGAAGAUAAAGAGAAAGCAGCUGUUGGGGAGACAAUAAUGAACCUGUUGCUUAAGUUGGAUGCUAUACAGGGAUUGCACGAAAUUGUCCGGGAUGUCAGGAAAUCUGUGGCAAAAGAUUUGAUUAAUUUACAGGAAAAGCUUGAUUCAAUAAGGAGCCAAAAGUGUAUUCAACUGGCCCAGGAUACCCCUUGUGCUGAAGCUUCUGAAGGUUACAGCGUAUACAGAGAGAACAGUGCCAAGGCGUUUGAAGGGGAAGGGAUUAGCUCAAAUGACUUGUCUUCAACUCAAACUCGUCUUCCUCAAGAUGUCGAGGGCGGUUCUCAAAAUGAGAGCAGUAGUGAGGAAAUAGUGCUGAAUUUGGAUUCACAAAAAGGACCUCAAGAUAAGACUGUGAAUCCAUCAGGAAGAACAGAUGGAAAUGUUGUUACAACGGGGUUGGAUUCUGAAGUGUUAGAGAAGGAGCCUGGUGCAAGUGAAACUGUCCAGGGACAAUUAUCAAUGGAGUUAAAAGAGCCAUUAGUCAAUGCGAACCACAUAGUCAUGGAUGAUGAUAUGGUAUCUGAGAACAAAGAUGAGGAUGCAAAUUUUCUUUCUGAACUGCCCCUCGAGGUUGUUGAGGAGGAGUCUCUAGCAACUUCAGGCCAUGUUGAUGCUGCAGUUCAGAAUGAUUUGGUAUCCGGAGUCCAGAAUAAGGAAGAGCAUCACUUAGAACAAGCUCAAGAGUUGGAAGAGAAGUCUCUGGCUAACAUGAAAAUUGUGAAAGAGACAGCAGGGCAGAAUGAAGAUCAAGAAGCAUAUAUUCUACGUGAAUUGCCAGUAGAGGUUGUGGAGGAGGAUGACAAGGAGAUUCCAGUGAUGGAGGGUGAUCUGUGCGCUUCCAAGUUUGCUUCUCAGAGCGAUGAUGGCAAGGAGCUAACUAAGAGUGAGACUUCAGGAAGAAUGAACAAUGAUCUAGAGGUGGAUCAACCUAGCGAUUGGGUAGAAGAGGAAAAUGAGGACCUUCUUGUCAAAGAAAAGGAAAAUUCUGAGGCCCUUGAAAUAUGUAACAAGAAGAUUGCGACUGGAGAGGAAGUUGGAUAUAUUAUCAGCGCGGAAGACAUUGAAAUGCCUCUCAUGGAGGAGGUUGACGGCAAGCCACGGGAAACAACCGGUAAAAGGGAGAUUUCUGCAGUAGAAUCUGGUGUUCAGGUAGAGAAAGGUGCUGAAGUCCCAGAUUUAAAGGAAAAUCAGGAUCAGGUUAAGGUGGAGAGCUCAAUAUUACUCAUGGAUCCUUUUUACAACAAUGAGGAUGAAUCAGAGAUCUUUGCUGGUGAUCAAGGCAACGGGUCUGAAAUUUUAAAGCCAGAACUUCGUGAAUCUGAUACGCGACAAUCUGAGGAGAAAUGCAGAAUGAUGGUUGAACAAUGGGAUGAUCAAAGUUCAGUUGUAGGAGGUAAAAAGGAUGAGCAGAUUGAUAAGACAAUUAUACAAGAGAAUGAAAAGUUGAGAGAGAUGCUAGAAAAGCUAGUUGCAGCUGGGAAGGAGCAGCAAGAAGUCAUAUUUAACCUAGAAGGGAAGUUGAAAGACUUGGAAAAGAAGUUGACAAAGAAGAAGAACAAGAGAUCAGCAAAGCAUCCAAGAGUUAGUCUCUCCCGGCGUCCGUGUGGGAAACCGACCAAUGGCUCAUAAUUCAUUAACAUACUCUUGUACUAUCAAACUACAGAGUGUAAAGUUUUGUAUAUGGAGUAAAUAAUGAGUCUGUAAUCAACUGGAAAUGUUUUGUGUUCUGUAAUUGUCACCCUUACUAAUAAAGGAACAUUUUCCUGUUUAUAGUUAAAAUCUGCAACCCUGUAUAUCUGUAAUAUAAAAAAUUAUUCAAUCUUGUGAA